ACAACCUGGAAGCUACAGCGGCGAUUCUUGCGGUGCUUUACAUGGUCCCCUUCGCAUUGCUCCACAUACUGGACGUGGUGAGGGCCAGACUUGGUAUUUCUGGCACCAUCCGCCGCACGCUGAUUUCUGCGCUAUUUCGCCGCUUCAUGAGCUACAAGGCCUACGAGCGGGCGAAGAUACCUGAUGCAGACAUCUCAAUGGCCUGCGUGCGGGACAUUCCAGUUCUGGUGAGCGACGGAUUUAUGCGAAUCUUCCACCUCAUCGAGGUUGCGCUUCGCAUUUUCGUCACCAUGAUCUUCUUGCUUGUUGAGAACCGAUAUGCCAUUCUGCCCUUCGCAAUCUAUCCCAUCCUCGCAGCACUUUGGAUGAUGUGGCGGAGACCACAGAUGCAACUGCUCCAGGAGAAGAGGCUGCAAUCGGACAAUGCAGUUGUUCGAGGUGUUCAUCAAGCCUGCACGAAUCAAGAUCUCAUCCAAGACUUCAAGAAGCGUUCAAAAGCCGUGGACCGGUUCUGGGAUUAUGUUGUCGCGAACAGCUCCAGCAGAAGUGCCUGUUCGGUGUUCGAUCUGAACAACAGCAGAUUCUUUCCUUGGCUGACGAUGAUUUCAAUGGUGCUAUAUAUUUUCUGGGGCGUGCAGCAGUUGCAGCAAGGUGAGUCCAGCGUGGGAACGUUUAUGGCAACCUUCGGCAUUUUUCAAGAAGUUGGCCAUACAAUGGAAACUGGCUACGACUCAGUCAUUACAAUGUUUCAGGCAUUCCACUUGGUGAAGGAUUUGACCAAGCUCCUAAAUGUGCCGACAGAUGACGAGGACCGAAUGCAGGCGACCCGGCUUAGACUGCAGCGUGGCAUCCAAGAGCGCGAGGAGUUGCAACGUAAGAUGACAGUUGGUUCUUCGCAGUAUGUCGAUGACUUGAUCGAUAUGAAAAUCAUCAACGUCAAAUACGCCACGCAACAGCUGCAGAAAUCCCUCAGCACCUCCGAAAACAUUCUCGACGGAGUAUCCUUCAGGAUGCCGCAAGGCAAAGUGAUCGUCGUGCAGGGUGGAGAGCGGCAGGGCAAGUCGACGCUGCUUCGGCUGAUCGCUGGCGAACUACCCCCAACGAGCGGGGAGGUUUUCAUUCCGCCUCAUCUCACUGUGCUGCAGGUUCAUGAAGCACCGUCGUUCAUCCCUGGCAGUCUGAAGCGCAACCUCCUGUUCGGAAUCAGUGGUGGGGAUGACGAGCAGAUGCUGGGCGACAUCACUCGUGUGGUGGGCAUCUGUGAGCGCCUGCGGAUGGCUCAAAGCUUGAUCAGCCGCCUGCAUCAGGACUGGAUGUCGGGAGCAGAUGAGGAUGACGAUGAGUGGCUAAGCGCCUUGACAUCUACCGACAAAAUGACGAUCCACCUGGCAAGAGCCUUCAUCGCCAAUCCUCACGUCCUGGUGAUGCACAAGCCGCUCAUGCGCUUCUAUCAGGAAGAGCUUCGGAAGGCUACAAUGCUGACCAUCACAGAGUUUGUGAAGUACCGAGGCCUCGGGCUUAACAAUGCUCCAGAUGAGAUCACCAAGCGGCGAACGAGGACAGUUGUGCUUAGCCAGUUCCAUUCGCUGGAGCUGGAUCAUGCGGAAAUGGUUUUCCAGCUGAAGAACGGCCAGGUCUUGCAAAACCAGGCACCUUGA